AUGAGAACUCUUCUAUUCUUGAGAACUCUUCUAUUCAUGAGAACUCUUCUAUUCAUCUCUUCUAUUUAUGAGAACUCUUCUAUUCAUGAGAACUCUUCUAUUCAUGAGAACUCUUCUAUUCAUGAGAACUCUUCUAUUCAUGAGAACUCUUCUAUUCAUAAGAACUCUUCUAUUCAUGAGAACUCUUCUAUUCUUGAGAACUCUUCUAUCCAUGAGAACUCUUCUAUUUAUGAGAACUCUUCUAUUCAUGAGAACUCUUCUAUUCAUGAAAACUCAUCUAUUCAUGAGAACCCAUCUAUUCCUGAGAACUCUUCUAUUCAUGAGAACUCUUCUAUUCAUGAGAACUCUUCUAUUUAUGAGAGCUCUUAUAUUCAUGAGAACUCUUCUAUUCUUGAGAACUCUUCUAUUCAUGAGAACUCUUCUAUUCAUGAGAGCUCUUAUAUUCAUGAGAACUCUUCUAUUCAUGAGAACCCAUCUAUUCAUGAGAACUCUUCUAUUCAUGAGAACUCUUCUAUUCAUGAGAACUCUUCUAUUCAUGAGAACUCGUUUAUUUAUGAGAACUCUUCUAUUCAUGAGAACUCUUCUUUUCAUGAGAACUCUUCUAUUCAUGAGAACGUUUCUAUUUAUGAGAACUCUUCUAUUCAUGAGAACUCUCCCAUUCGUGAGAACUCUCCAAAUUUUGAGAACUCACCCGUUUGUGAAAACUCUUCCAUCCUUUAG